ACUGAAAAUUAAUUAAAAAGACAACUCAAACGCUAAUGUCAGUUCCUGGAGUUCAGCUCGGCGUGCCUCAAGGGCUGUCUAACAAAGCCCCAAAUGGAGCCCAGAUUUCACCACAAGCAAUUCAACAAGCAUUAGCACAAAUGAAACCUAUCGCUAUUGGAUUGUCCAAUUAUCUCAGAGACAACAAGAUUUUAAAGAACAGAAAAGGCUUAUUGAACAAUACCGACGAUAUCGAAUUCUUCCGUUACAAAAGACUUGUACGUGCCCUUGUAAGCGAUGAUUUCAAGUCCAAACAAGCAGACCCUAAGAACAGGUUAGUCCCAAUAAAAGAUGCUAAAGCAGCUGAAGAGUUAUCCAAAGUGUUGAUUCAAACUCAAAUGAUUAUUCCCGUCACAAAGCUUCAUUUCCAUGAAAUCAGACAAACUAAUAAGAAGUGGACACCUAAAAGAGAUAAGCCUACUCUCAUCAAAAGCUCCAAGGCCGAGUUUUCACCAGAUAGUUAUUACAUGUGGAAUUAUACCAAGCCAAAUCCAUUUAUGAUUGUGUAUGGACUUUUAUUGAUUGCCGGUGUUUUCACCGUUAUUUUGUUCCCAUUAUGGCCCAGGAAGAUGAAAGUUGGUGUUUAUUAUCUUAGUAUGAGUCUCUUGGGUCUCUUGGGUUUGUUCUUUGCCAUUGCCAUCGUUAGACUUAUCAUCUACCUCAUUACGUUACUUUUCGGUAAGCCUUUCUGGUUGUACCCCAACUUAUUUGCUGAUGUGGGAGUCAUUGAGAGUUUCAUUCCUUUAUAUGAAUGGGAGAAACCCAAGAAAAGAAAGAGCACUGGCUCCAAGACCAGUUCUACGGUGGAAUUGAAAGAUGUAGAGUAAAUAAACUUCGCGCAGAAUAAUAAUAUCAUCACAAUCUGGAGAUAGGAAUGAAUAACAUCCGAUUCAACCAAGACAAUUCAUGUAUGGCUGUGGCAUCAGAUACCGAGAGUCGUAUCUUUAAUAGUGAACCCUUUGGAGAAAUAUAUACAAACGAUUCUCCUGUGUUCCUUUUAAAGGUACUUUUCUCGACCUCCUUAACGAUCAUAGUCCCUAAAGAGAAAGAUAACCGGCUUCUCAAAAUCUUCAAUUUGAAGCAGAAUCUUAAGAUAUGUGAGCUCAUAUUCCCUAGCUCUAUAGUCGAAAUCAAAAUCAAUAAGAAACGGUUAAUUGUGGUGCUAAAAAUAGGACAAAUAUAUAUCUAUGAUUUAAGUUAUGUGAAGCUUAUCAAGAUCAUAGAAAUUGAACCACUAGGUUCUCAGCCAUUUGUGGGGGAUCUUUCUAAUGACGAUCAUUCACUUCUUGUGAUUCCCUUGAAGUAUGUUAGCACUGUCAUGGCAGGGAAAUCCAAAAAUAAUGGCAUCUUUACCGACCCGGAGCCUCUAGUCAAGUUUAAUAACUUUGCGGAGUAUAAAGACCCAAAGGGAUGGGUUUUGGUGUAUGAUACUAUCAAUUUGAAGAGUGUAUUGAUCAUGAAAUGCCAUUCGUCCAGCAUCCGUAAAAUUGUCAUUUCUGAUAUGAUCAUAGCUACGGCUUCUUCUAAAGGAACUAUUAUUCGGUUGUUUCAGCUUAACUUCAAACAGUCUGAAGAUAUAAAGCUAACAAGAAUUCUUAAUUUGAGACGAGGACACAACUCAGCCCACAUACACUGCUUAAAGUUCAAUACUGAUUGUACCAUUCUAGCAUGUGGGUCUGAAAAUACUAUACAUUUUUUCAGUCUAAAAUACAACGAAGAUAUCAUUGACGGUCAUAAUUAUGGAACUAGUACAUUGAAAACAUAUGAAGCGGGUGAUGGUGAUGAACACGAAACAGAUUAUAAUAUUUCCCAGUCAUCUUUGCUCGAUGCAGAGAGCUCUAAGCUGUCAGAAGACUUAAACGAAAACCUAGCUAACUUGCUUAUAUCAAAGCCUAUUCCUAAUGAAAUAGAGGAGAAUGAUAAGGAUGUUGAUAACUCAAUUAAAAACCUUCCCUAUAAAGACUAUUUCAACAACUUGGUUCUCCUGCCACCUCGCCGUUCUUUUAAUAUCAUCAGGUUGAAAGAUCAUAAACCAGGGUUUACAUAUCACUAUGUGAAACAAUUUGCUGAAAUUAUUGGCCAAAGCCUGGACCACGAUACCACUUAAGAUUCCAGUUCUAAUAGAAGAACUUUAGAGCAUGUGUAUAUGGGAUUUUAUAAAGGAUAAGAUGUUCCCAUUUAUAUAUAAACUGUGAGACGGAGUUCAAGCGACUCCGGCUAAUAAUACAUUAUGUAGACUUUUUCCUAAUCAGGGUUUUUUGAGGAAACAAUCACAUAUUAAGUGGUAGAAAUGUUAUAUCUUCGGGUUCCUGUUCAGCCUAUGUUGACAGUACUUAACAUUUCCCUUUUGCAGGUAAAUAUUUAGCGCAUCUAUGUUUUCUCUCACGUAUGC